UGUGACCUCUCCGGUGUGUCGCCUUCAACCGGUCUUACUGGCCCAGCUAUACUUUCUUGCAGAAACUUACAAGAAAGUUACAUAUAUAAGUGUAUCAUUGUUUUCGGCAUUAUUUUAUAAUCUAGAAAAACAAAUAUUUAAUGGAGUUGUAACCUAUUUUUUGGGUUUACACUAGUAUGGAAAUACAUAAAGCAGUCGCUGAUUUUUCUGAGGAUCUGGUGUUAGCUUACCUGAGGCAAAGGUCGGAGGCUGUGGGCAUCCCGUGUGAGUACACGGCCGGUGAUGAGGAUGAUGCUAAAUACACGUAUAGUAGUGAUGAUGAGAGAGAGAGGUUUGGCGAGGAUGACCGGGUCAAGUUGAGCAUCUCAGCAAACACCUUGAGGGAAGGUGACCACGGAAUGCUCAGUGUUAGAGUUAAAGAUCGCGCGAAGUCGAUUGAUAGUGGAGUUUGUGUUGAGUCGAGGAGAGAAAACGGUAGAGGUAAAAGAGACUGUACAGAAGACGAGGAGCGAGACAGUGGUCUUGGGGAAUAUCCGCCUCCUUCGGUAAAUCCAUAUGACAGUAGAAGUUAUAAUGAUGCCGUUGCUGGUUGCAGUAAUGCUCCUCCACAAUCCCAUGAUUACGAAGAUGACGAUAAUGCUAACAAGUCGCUCGUCCUGACGUUCAAGAAAGGGGAUUUGUUCGCGGUGGUGGAGGACAGCGCCAUGUGGACGGGAGUAAUGGCCCUGCGCACCGCUGCUGUUGGAUACGUGCCCACUUCUUAUCUAAAGUUCGUGGAGGAGCGCCAUCUGUGGCUGACCACCGCCGGUCAGAAGCGAGGUGAUUGGCUGGCCGCGUAGUGACGUAUCGUGACGUCAGCGAUGAGUCACCUGCGAUUGGUCGGAGCCAUCGCGGUGCUCCCGCCCCUUCCCGCCCACAGACUACAGGUAAG